AUGCGUGUUACAGCCAAAUUUAACACCGGACACUACGUUAUCGAUGGCAUCGGUCACCGUCAACCUGAAGCACUGGAUUGUCCAUCUAGUCUUUUAGCUGCAUCAUUGACACCCGCCCGAUAUUUGUUAAUCUCUGUGUGCAGGUUAUAUCUGAGAUUUCAUCAACAUAUCUACCAUCAUGCUUCGGCGCAAUCUCAGUUUGCCUCCUAA